AUGAAAGGCAUCAGCCUAGGCCUGCACCGCAUCUCGCGGGCCCUCGAAGGUGUCCCCCAGAAAUGGGAUGCUAUUCAUGUCGCCGGCACAAACGGCAAAGGCACCACUUGCACGUACCUAUCAGCCCUGUGCAAAUCUUUUGGCAUCUCAAACGGCCUCUUCACCUCCCCUUACCUAAUAGAGCCGCGCGACGCCAUCAAGAUCAAUGGCACGCCCGUGGCCCAAGACGUCUACGCCGACGUCAACCGCAAGAUCAUCGCCGACGACCAGGCUCGCCUAUCACAGGAUGCCGCCCAGGAAGCCCUCAGCCUCUUUGAGGUGACCACCCUCAUCGCCUUUGGCGUCUUCAGCCGCGCUGAUGUGCAGAUGGGCAUCGUCGAGGUCGGUCUCGGCGGCCGCCUCGACUCCACAAACGCCCUCUGCCGCAAGAGCGUCACCGUCAUCACAAAGAUCGGCCUCGACCACCAGGCCUUCCUUGGCAACACCUUGCCCGAGAUCGCCAAGGAAAAGGCCGGCAUCAUGAUGGCCGGCGUUCCGUGUGUCGUCGACGGCAGCAACCCGCCCGAGGUCCUCGAGGUCUUCCGGCAACAUGCCGCCAGCGUCUCGGCGCCGCUGCACCUCACCACGCGCCAGCCCGGUCUGCUCGAGGCUCUGUACGACUCGGAGCUAAUGCCGCAUCAGGCGCAGAACAUGGCGUGCGCCAUUGCGGCUUUCCAACUCGCCUACCCGCACCUUAAUCUUUCUGUGGAAAAGGCCCUGCCGAUUCUGAAGGACGUCAGUCACCUGGGGAGGCUAUCGUGGUUAAACGUCGAGGCGAAGCAUCCGUCGCGGGAGGAAAAGCCCAUCCUCAUCGACGGUGCUCACAACCCACAGUCAGCCGAGACAUUGUCCGCAUACGUCGAGCGACGUCUGCGAGAAGCCGGUAAGCCUGUGACGUGGAUCGUGUCGGUAUCGAAGCAGGACGGAAAGGAUGCCGGCGGUAUGCUGCGCACGCUGCUCAGACCCGGAGACAACGUCGCCUGCGUGGGCUUUUCUCGGCGGGAGACGAUGCCCUGGGUCGAGCCUUUGCCGCUUCAGACCUUGAGGGAGAUGGCCUCGAACGCGGGCGCCAAAGAGGUGUUUGAAAGCAAAGAUGGUCUCGAAGAGGCUACGAGAUGGGCUGUUGAGACCGCCAAAGAUGGCCCGGUUGUCUUGACGGGGAGUCUCUACCUGGUUGCACCCUCCCAUCACACAUAUCGAGGAGAUGUAUUACUAAGAGGGGAGCACAGCAAAAGGAUCGAAGCCAUGACAUCAACAGCAGCACCAACCAACCUCAUCGUCGUCUGCUGCCACGGCGUCUGGACCGGCGGCCCCACCAACGGCCGCGCCGAGUCCGAGUGGCUCAUCGCCGACUUCCAGACCGGCGAGACCCCGACGUUUAUCGAGCACAUCAAGGCCGGGCUGACGGCGCUGCGGGACGGGUACCCGGCUUCCGCGCUCGUGUUUUCGGGAGGUCCGACACGCAAAGAAACACGCCUCUCCGAAGCAGAAUCCUACGCCAACCUCGCCGCCGCAAACGCCUACUUUGGCAUCCUCCCUCCCCCCUCGUCUUCCUCUCCUACUUGCCCCUCCUCCUCCUCAUCAUCAUCACCUCCCAUAACAUCCCUCAUCCACACCGACACCCUCGCUCUAGACUCCUACCACAACAUCCUCCACUCCCUCCUCCUCUUCCGCCGCCUCUACGCAACCUACCCUCGGACCCUCACAGUCGUAAGCCACGCCUUCAAGAGGCCGCGCAUCCUCGACGGCCACUGCGCUGCCAUAGGGUUUCCGUUGGAUCGGGUGAGGUAUGUCGGGAUCGAUCCGCCGGGGAUGAAGGGGGCUGCUGGUGCUGCUGGCUCGGUCAGCACAACCGGCGCCCCCGAGGCGGAGACUGAUGGAGAGGACGACGGCAACGACGGUGUUGGUAAUGGUUUCAAAGCAGGAGCCAUCGCGGGCGUAAAGCACGCCGCGGACGAGUGGACGGUUGACCCGCACGGCGUGGGCCCGAGUCUAGCGGGCAAGAGGAGGGCGAGGAAUCCGUGGGGUUUGGAAGAUCUCCUUUUCGCGAGCGAGGAGGAGAGGAGACAGAGUGGUCUCGUCACUAGGAUCGUAAACGGGCACGAGGCGCUCGUGGAAGAUGCAAAGAGGCCGUGGGCUUAG